GAACUUUCCAGAACGCCCGGUGUGAGGCGGAGGAGCCGCGACCCGAGCUGCGCACAGCAACGCGCUCCCUCCCGCUCCCCCGCGCCGGCCUCGGCCCGCUCACCGAAAAUGGUGAAAGAAACCACAUACUAUGAUGUUUUGGGGGUCAAACCCAAUGCUACCCAGGAAGAACUGAAAAAGGCUUACAGAAAACUGGCGUUGAAGUAUCACCCUGAUAAAAAUCCAAACGAAGGCGAGAAGUUUAAACAGAUAUCUCAAGCUUAUGAAGUGCUGUCUGAUGCAAAGAAAAGGGAAUUAUAUGACAAAGGAGGAGAACAAGCCAUUAAAGAAGGUGGCGCAGGUGGCGGUUUUGGCUCCCCCAUGGACAUCUUUGAUAUGUUUUUUGGAGGAGGAGGAAGGAUGCAGAGAGAAAGGAGAGGUAAAAAUGUUGUACAUCAGCUCUCGGUAACCUUAGAAGACUUAUAUAAUGGUGCAACCAGAAAACUAGCUCUGCAAAAGAAUGUGAUUUGUGACAAAUGUGAAGGCCGAGGUGGUAAGAAAGGAGCAGUGGAGUGCUGUCCCAACUGCCGAGGGACUGGAAUGCAAAUAAGAAUUCAUCAGAUAGGCCCUGGCAUGGUUCAGCAAAUUCAGUCUGUGUGUAUGGAGUGUCAGGGCCAUGGGGAACGGAUCAGUCCUAAAGAUAGAUGUAAAAGCUGCAACGGAAGGAAGAUAGUUCGAGAGAAGAAGAUUCUAGAAGUUCAUAUUGACAAAGGCAUGAAAGAUGGCCAGAAGAUCACAUUCCAUGGUGAGGGAGACCAGGAACCAGGACUGGAACCGGGCGACAUUAUCAUUGUCUUAGAUCAGAAGGACCACGCUGUCUUUACUCGACGAGGAGAAGACCUUUUCAUGUGCAUGGACAUACAGCUGGUUGAAGCAUUAUGUGGCUUCCAAAAGCCAAUAUCUACUCUUGACAACCGAACCAUAGUUAUCACCUCUCAUCCAGGUCAGAUCGUCAAGCAUGGAGAUAUCAAGUGUGUGCUAAAUGAAGGCAUGCCAAUUUAUCGUAGACCAUAUGAGAAGGGUCGCCUAAUCAUUGAAUUUAAGGUAAACUUUCCUGAGAAUGGCUUUCUCUCUCCUGAUAAACUCUCUUUGCUGGAAAAACUCCUACCUGAGAGGAAGGAAGUAGAAGAGACUGAUGAAAUGGACCAGGUAGAACUGGUGGACUUUGAUCCAAAUCAGGAAAGACGGCGCCAUUACAAUGGAGAAGCCUAUGAGGAUGAUGAACAUCAUCCUAGGGGUGGUGUUCAGUGUCAGACCUCCUAAUGGGGCCAGUGAAGAACACUCACUGCUAGCAUUUUAUAUGCAGUGGUGAAUGAGUGAAGGACUAUAAUCAUAAUAUGCUCACUACUUGCUAUUGUUUUUGUUUAAAUAUUCAACUAUAGUAGUGUUUUAAAAGUUAAAUGAAGAAUAAACUCAAAUAUAAAAGCUC